UGUUGGGCUGGUGAGCGUGUAGCGCAGAGAGCGCACAAAAAGAGCUAGAAGCCUAGCAACGCAGAGAACGCAAAAGAACACAACAGGCAGCAGUAACAAGAAGCAAUAAAGGGCGGCUGACUUUGCCGAGUGGAGUUGUAGAGUUGUGGAGUAGCUGAGCGCAAAGGUACAAUGGCUAGGCCGUUCAAUGCAGGCACAGGCAAUGUGCUAAUGUUUCGUGGUGGCGGUGAGUAAGCUGAGAGCACACCAGACGAUAGACCGACCUUCUGAGCGAAUCCCAUUGCUGGCGUGUAGUCAGUACAAACCGUUCGGUCUUUGCGUUCACGCCACUCGUUUCAAUGUACGGUUAGUAAAUGUGUUCAAGUGUUAUUGCCUAGCAAGCGUCUACGCUGCCGCUGCUACUGCCUGUGCCUGCACUGUUGCAUCAGUUGCAACAACAAAUAAGCAAACAAUUUAUUAACGCCGCAUUUGCCGUGUUGCAGUGCGCAUGCAUACAUAUUGUGUGCACUAUAGUUUCUAGGAGUGAUCUCAGUGCUUGUGUUUGUGUGUCUGUUUAUAUAUAUGCAUUUCUACCUCGGCUGCAGCAAGCAGGCAGGCAAGCAGCCGCCAACCAUCCAGAUAUAGGCAAACAGUCAGUCAGCCGGUUUGUUGCAGACAACAAAACCAACAACUCGAAAGUAAUAAGACAACACAGCAUAAACCUCACAGCAAAAGUUUGGAGUAGUUAAAAUAGUGUUUAUGAACUACAAGUUUUGUGAAGAAAUCUACAAAUAUAAAAAAGAAAUGUAUAAUUUAUUUUAGCAAAGAAAGCUACCUACGUCAAAGUGAAGUUAACUAAAAGAAAUACAAAACAAGUUAGCAAUAAGUAAAGAGCACGUUGGUGUCUAUGCAAAAUUUAUAUAACAGUAACAAAUGAAUAAACGUUUAACUAACACAAUUGCAAGCGUAAAACCAGUAAAGAAGCUUUGUAGUUAAUGUGUAGCAACAAAACAAUGAAAUAAGUAAAGCUAAUAAUAAAAGAAUUUCGUCUACUCUCAAGAAAGCCAAAAAACGCACACCGCAACUCUACAGGUGAGCUGUAUGAGUGUUAGUGUUGAGCAGUAGAAGACGGCAAAAGUGAAUUAAGCAACGGAUAGCUUACGAAGCAGUCGGCUAACCACGAGCAUUGCUCGAAACAGUGUAGAAUGAAGAAGAGUUGAAAAAGUGUACAAGAAGAAUAGCUAUUUGGCUAAAAAAGUGCGACAAUAAGUUAACGACCACACAAAGCAUUCCCAAGAAAGGGACUGAAAUACACACGUGUAUACAAUAAUAAAAUUUACAACAAAUAACAAAUACAAUUACUUCAAAAAACCGUGUAUCCAAAGCAUAAUUGAUAGUAAAACGCUACAAAGAGUGAAGAGUAGACAACAAAAACACAAAAAAGUUGUGAAUACUUGAGGUAAACAGCAAAGGAAAAAAUUAAAUAAAGCCAACAAAAACAACACCAAAAAUCAAGCAAACACGCACAGGAAGCCAACAACGUUGGAGCAAACAAAGUUAACUCGAAGCGAGUACCACACACGCACACGCAUACAAAUGUACAAACAUAUAUAUUUACUGCUGUGAUCCGUAAAACAAAAAGUAGCCAAAAUCACGCCAAGAGCGUGUUCUACAAAGCAGCGCAUCCACACGGUGUAAGCCAACAACUCAGCAUCCUUCAGCCUAAACUCAAACGCGCACAUGCACGCACAUAGCUACCUCCGAAAAUUUCUAAACCACCGAUUAUUUACAUAAGUAUAUUUGUUUAUUUAUGUAAAACAAAUUUUGUGUUGUUGUCGCAUUGAAGCAAAAAGAAAUAAAAAAACGAAAUUAACACUUCAUCAAAAUGAUGAUGAUGGAUACAACUAGCGGCGAACAGGCCGGUCCACUCGAUAGUCCACGAGCAGGUGAUGUGCCCGCUAUUGCGGCCACCUUCACAGUCGUGAAAAUGGACGAAGCACACACGGAGGCAAUGGAUGCGGAGAGCAAUAAUAAUCACAUUGAAGUGCACGAGUAUAAGGAGCAUCGUAAGAGUAAGAAGAAGAAGCGCGAUAAGCGUGAUAAAGAACGACGUAGCGAAAAGCAUCAUCGACGCGAACGCGAUGGUGAACGUCAUCAUCAUCGACGUCAUCGAGAGCGUGAACGUGAACGUGAUGAAGCCGAACAACAACAUCAUAAUGGUCAUCAUCAUCAUCAUCAUCAGCACCAGCAUGCGCAUCUGAAUCACUCUACCUCAGCAUCGUCAUCGCCCUCCUCGUCGGCGUCAUCGUUUUUAUCAGCUACAAUAUCAAAUGAAUAUAUUGCCGUGUCACCCGCCUCAUCAUCGCCCUGCUGCAGCGUCGUGUCAGCGGUGAGCAGUAGCGCCAGCGUAGUGACGGCAACUACGGCAACGGCGUUGUCAUAUCCGCACAAUUUGAAAAUACGUUUCCUGCUUUCCGGGCAAAAAACCGAACUAAGUCCACCCGCACAUCAAACACACAGCAGCGAUGCGAAUAGCACGCAAAGCGGCAGCAAUGGCGCUGGCAACAGCAGCCACAACCCGGCCUCAUCAGGUACAACAUCCGCUUCAAUAUCCGCCUCAAUCGCCUCCUCAUCGGCGGCAUCAACACUCUCCACCACCACCGCCUCGCACAAAUACACAAUGUCGUCGGAUGUUAAAAGUGGUGGUGGUAGUGGCGCAACCAAUUUGAGCACCAGCAAUGUCAUCUCGUCGGCGUCGAAUGCGCAUAAAUCCAAUGCCGCUGGCAGCACAAAUAGUAACAACAACAGCGUUAGCAAUUCAAAUGCCCAAAGUUACGCGAGCGCCAAGGAGCAGCAUCAUCGCGAUGAUCGUUACACAACCCAAGCGCAAGCGAAUAACGCUGCGAAUGCCGCUGGCAAUGCAGCGAAUGCGGCGGCCAAUGCGCCCAGCCUAUACGUCUCUGUGCCACUCUCCACCGCCAAUGUACCUGGAAUCAAUCUGCCAACAAGUAGCGCAACAGGUGGUGCCACAGAUCACCAUGCUCCACCCUCGCAAUCAACGCGCGCUGCCGCAGCAGCUAUAAGUCAGCAGCAACAACAACAACAGAGUGGUACUACAACAAUUAAUAUGUCUGGAGGUGGCACGUCGGGCGCGCAUGCCACUGCCACAUCAACACCACUUGGCGGUGCUGGAGUGGGUGGUGGACCGCUGGAGCGACAAUCACCGCGCAUUCACCAUCAACCGCCGGCACUUUCUGAACAUCAUAGUAAUAGUAACAGCAGUUAUUUUGCUAGCACGGCCAGUGGCCUGCCAACAGCGGCGCAUAGUAGUGUCAUACAUCAAAGCGGUAAAUCGCCAUCGGGUAAUAUGCUGUUGAGCGCAAGCAGUAAUCCCAAUCUGAUGGCCACUACAACGGAGACUGGCAACUUGAAAAUCAGUUAUGAAAAGCAAACAACGCGUGUCAGUCAGCUGCAAGAGCAGGAAACAGCACCAGUGCGUAGGAGCAGAUCGCGUUCCGGUGAGAAUAGUAUGCAAGCGUUGCAAGCGCAACAACUACAACAACACCAUCAACAGCAGCAACAACAACAGCAACAGAGUGGCCAAUCACAGCAGCAGCAGCAACAAGCGUUGGCAACACAAAAAACAAAUUCUCGUUCCGGCAAGAAAAGGGCAGCCGCUGCCGCAGCAGCAGCCGCAGCCGCCGCCGCUUUGGGUGGUAACAAAAAUCGCGAUUCUCCCGUCGAAAAGCUAACGAAGUCAUCACCAUCACCAAUACAACAACAUUUUCGCAAUGAAUUAGCCACACCAACACCACCACCAAACGCACCCUCACCACUCUCCCUGCCGCCACCUAGCGCUUCAACACCGACACCAACACCCACACCUACUCAUACACCCUCACCAUCGCCGGUUGUGAUGUUGCAAGCUAACAGUAACAGCAAUGCAUCCAAUACCGCAUCACCCACAAGACAAAAGAAUGUGAGCGGCAAUGGUGGCAACGAAAUUAACGGCACCGGGAAUGUCAAUCACAUUGGAGGAAAUAACAAUGGUGGCGGUGUCGGCAGCACAUCAACAAAUAUGGUUGCGACGAAUCUUACGUUGGCCGGCGCAACAUCCGGCUCUGCGCUAACAUCCGCGUCAUCGUCUUUCGUCAGUCAUGAUUGUGACAAUACCAUGGGUACCACCGCCAAAUCGGGUAACAACAACAGUGAAGUGGUUAAUCUUAGCGCAAACCAAGGCGCUGUAAAUAAUGCUAGACGUGGUGGUGGUGGUGGCAAUGGUAUAAGUACUGCAAUAGAUGGUAGCAAUAUGGGCGCCACUGGAGCGGGUUUGUCUGGAAAGAACGCAAACGAUGCGCCGUUGGUCGCCACCAAUCUAAGUGGCAAACCACUGAAUAAGAAAUUGUUACGUGCUCAACAAACGCUCUAUCAGCAACAGCUGGCAGCGCAACAACAACAGCAGCAGCAACAGCAACAACAACAAAAACGUUCUCCUGACCACAAAAACAGUGGCGGUAGAAAUGCAAACCCCACCACUAGCGCACCGGCCGUCACUUCCUCUACUUCCUCCUCCUCCUCAGUCGGUUCCCCUUCCUCUAGCACGAACAGAGUUUCGCCUGCUAAAGCUUUAACUAACAUAGCGAACUCUAAUCUUAAUUGCAAUCCUUCCACUGCUUCUCCUUCAAAUAACACUGCAGCAACAACUGCUUUUACUAACUCAACCACUAGCAACAAUUUAAAUAACAGUAGCAAUAACACUAAUAAUAACGGCAAUAGUAAUAGCAAUAGCGCCACUAACACAAAUCAGCUGCAAACGCAACAGCAUCAGCAACAACAACAAUCAGCGCAACAGCAACAGCAACAACAAAGCAAUGUUGCUGCUGCUAGCGACAACAAUAAUGAUAUCAUUGAAAUUAUGCAAUUAACCCCAACCAACUCUUCUACUUCUUCAACGCUAACUCAUCAUCAACAUCAUGCCCCGCAUCAUCCAUCGCAAUCAAAAACAUUGCAAUCCCCCGCAAACAUUACAACAACAUCAACAACCACAUCGGCUGGUAUUCACCACAGAACGCCAGACAGCGGCAUCUACUCCUCCUCGUCCUUUGUGGCGAACAGCAGCACCGUCUCGAAUGCGUCCUCGAGCAGCAGUAGCAGUAGCGGAGGUUGCGGUGGCUUAAAAUUCAACUAUGAACCACAAUCCGUCGGAAUCGGUACACCACCUGGCAUCGAUUCGUCGGCAGCGCAUUUACUCACCGCCGUCACAACUGCGACAGCGUCGUUAACAGCAAUGGCGGCCAAUAUCACAACAACCACCUCCACCACAGCCAUCAAAGACUCACCGCCCAGCUCACCAGGUUCGGAAAUGGGUGCUGUUGCAGCUGCGCCACGUAAACGCGGACGCAAAGCUAAAGAUCCACUUGCAAAUGCCAAUGAGGCGAAGGUUGAUGUGAAAGUAUUUCAGAACGGUGGUCAUGUUAUAGGUGCCACGCCCACAACCGCCGCUUUAACAAAUGUGGCGAAUAGUGCGCCGUCAGGUGUGCCCACCAGCGGUGCCUCGUUGCAUACCGCUGCCCAUAUGCUAGGCAAUCAACUCAAUCCGAAUAGCAAUGUGGCACAGAAGCUCUCCGAUCAACUGCACAUGGAAAUACAGGAUCACAGCAUCUACACCGCGGAUGCUGUAACACCGCAAUUUGUAGGCGUACCCUUCCCAGGCAAAUCAACGCGUAAUUCUACAACGACGCCGAGCACAACUAGCAACAACACGAUCAGCAUUAAUUCAGUCAGCGCUGCAACGCCUGCAACAGAAAUGGCCGGUGGCACCUCACUAGCCUCGAUGUUUGGCAGCGGUGUCAAUGGCAAUAUGUCCAUACCGCAAAGUUUGGAACAACUGCUCGAACGUCAGUGGGAGCAGGGCUCACAGUUUCUCAUGGAGCAAGCGCAGCAUUUUGACAUCGCUUCCUUGCUCUCCUGCCUACAUCAAUUGCAACGGGAAAAUGUACGCUUAGAGGAACACGUGACCAGUCUGAUUGCUCGUCGUGAUCAUCUGCUGGCGGUUAAUGCACGGCUCGCCGUCCCAUUGAAAACGAAUACCACACAGAGCCAAGCCACGGCCGUAUCAUCAACAGCUAUAUCGACCAGUGUUGCCUCAACAGUCUCGACAACAGUCGCAUCCGCAGGCGUUGCGACAUCGACCUCAGCAAUAGCAGCUGCCUGUGCAGCAGCAGCAAUAGCAACAACAACUGCAGCAGUUAAUGCACUUGGUGGUAACAAUGCGGGCACGGGGGGCAGCGCUGCUGGCGGCACUGGUACUACUGGUCCAGGCAAUGUCGGCACCGCUUUAACAACUGUGGUAACAGCUGCAGCAACGUCACUCGCCACGGCAGUGACCACUUCACUCACUGCUAUGACUGUGAAUACACGUUUGCCCAAUACGUCGACCACGACGGCUACAACCGGGGCAGGGGCGACACCAACGCGACGCGAUAAUACAAGCGUGGCACAACAACACGUCAUGGAAAAUGGCAUUGACUUUCGGCAGGCAAACGCAGCAGCAGCAGCAGCAGCAGCAGCAGCAGCAGCAACAGCAACGUCAACGCAUGUUAGUACAGCUGGCAGCGUUGGGGGCGUUGGUCCACCCAUGGGCAUGAGGCACUCCACGGCGAGUUAUGUAAAUGCCUCAGGAAUACCGGCGACCAGCAUUGCGGGUAAUCUGUCAGCAGCAAUGCUCCCCAAUAGUCUUGAAGGGCUCAGCAACAUGCAUACAACAGCUGCAACGACAGGUGGUGCAGCAACUCCUGUAGUUGGUAUGUCCACGAUGACAGCAAAUCGUCUUGCACAACAACAACAACAACAGCAGCACCAGCAACACAUGCAAUCAUUGCAUCAGCAGCAGCAACAACAACAACAGCAGCAACACCAACAUCAUCAAAUGUCAUUAGCGGCUGCGCAACAACAACAACAGCAACACAUAGCACAAAGUGCCGCCGCAGCAGCAGCAAUGCAUCAUCACCAACAACAACAACAGCAGCAGCAGCAGCAACAUCAGGCUGCACAUACGCACUUGCACGCCACCCAUCCGCUACAUCUAGCACACACGCAUACACACGCACCACACGUGCACACGCAUGCUCCUCAUACACAUCACGCACAUCCAACGCAUCCGUCGGCGGCCACCGUUAACGUCAACGCCGGCAUCGGUGUAGAACCACAUGCGCUAGCGUCGACGCGCCUCGGUGGUGUCGGUGGCAAUGGCAGCAUGUUGGGCAUGGUUGGCGUUCACAUGGGCAACAAUAACAAUCCGAAUAACAGCAACAACACCGCGGCAUCACGAGGUGGGUCAACAACUGCAACAACAACAACAACAUAUGCCAUUGGUAUUGUUGGCGAUGGCGGUAGUGGUGUGAGUGGUGGUGGUGGUGUCGUUGGUGGGAUAGUUGGAGGUGGUGGCGGCGGUGGUGCCGGUAAUACCACAUUACUCGCAUCGGAUAGCAGCCACCCCACAUCCGCCGCCGCGUAUACUCCUCACUCGCUCUAUACUCAUCAUCAGGUAUCGCAGCUAAGACGCGACGAUAACCUAGUAAAGCCCAGCUGAAAAUCGACAGCAGCUUUAUUGGCAUUUCGCCCUAGCCGCCAGCCACAACAGCACCCGACAGAGCAGCAGCGGCAGAAACAACAACAAGUGGGAAAACGAGCGUCAAAAAAGGCAAAAACCCCACAAAAAGCAAAGGGAGAAAACACAGCGUGGCAGCAGACAACACAACAACUACCAAAGCAACAACAAAAUGCGCAAAUACCGACUUCUCAACAAAAAGGGAUGUCCCAAAACAAAAAGGCGAGGAAACAACAAGAAGAAGCAGCUGCCGACAGUGA